AUGAUUGAGCCGGAGAAAGGGGGAUCGAAUAUUCUCUCGGAAGAGAAUAAGGAAAACCAAUCGAUGGCUUUCCAAAGUGGAAAUGGUAAGCGGAUUUUGGGAAAAUCUGGUGGUAAUAUCGGAGGCGAUACGAUGCAGGGGAAGAAGGGCGCAAAGUGGAAUCAAGAGGGAAUCGGGCCGGAUUAA